CACCAUACCACAUGCGCUUUAUGCUAUCCUUUCGCCCUUUCUUUCUCAAUAUCAUUACUAAACGAUACCUAAAGCUAGAUUAUCGAAGCAAAUCCUAAAUUUUAUUUUGUUUUGCACACUGUUAUCACUGCUACAAAGCUUGGAACAUCUAGCGUGCUUCACAGAGAGCAUUUAUACCUGGACUGUGGAGUUAUUUGGAGCACGUUUACGAAUUUCUUAAUACAGUUUUGAAACAUACAAAAUCAAGCCAAGAAACGCCAUCCAAAAUGGCCGGUUUUAUCCUCAAGUAUACGAUCUUCCUGAUGGCAAAAUAGGAGAGAAAAGUUGCCCAUACGAGGUACCAGUGUAAUUAAUAUAUCGUAUUUAUAGUAAUGUUGUUUAUCUCCAGUAUUUUGUACGACGAUUUCACAUCCUACAACCGUUUGUUGAAUUUUUGAGAUCACGACAUACUCGAUUCCUUGUGAACCGUCCCUCGUCAAGUUGUGUUGUUAAUUUCAAUAUGUUUAAGAACCGUGUCACAAGAUGGCACCCAUUUUCAAGAAAUUGCAGAUUUUGAUCUCCUAUUCUGUUUUACACAUCACCAAAGUGCUUAUUUCCCUCCAAUUUAUGUAGUUUGUCCAUUUUCUUUAUUUCUAAGGCGAGCUGAUGUCAUUUAGCGUGUUUUCCGAUCCUACAAACUCCGCGUUUUCUACGGAACGUAUACACAGUGUUGUACUGCUUCUUCGAUCAUUUUAGUGCAAUGGAGCCAAAUGAUGUGCCAUCCCAGAGUCCAAUACAUUCAACUAGGACGUUCUUCGACUCUACAAUGAUGGGUAAGGCAACUUUGUUCUUGCUUAAAGCACUGUGCAUUCAAAUACAAUUUUAUACUACAUAUCCUAAGUUAUGAUGUUUAAAUAUUCUAAAAUCUUGUAUUUUUCCAUCAUAGGACAACCCUCAAUCCUUCAGUCUCCCCCAUUACCUCAUGAGCACAGGUAUGGGCUGGCGCCAAUGCCGUCUGCAUUCUCUGUGAUUGGGAGACGUCCCCCUAACUUUCCAUCAGUUAAUUCACAUCACCAUGAUUUUACAACAAGCCUAACGCAUGACCCACUGAUGGCAACAGGUCCUCGAAUACAGAGAAGCCCUACACCUGCAACAUCGAGCAGUUGGUGGCGUCAACCAUCGAUAAGCGCUCACCCUCAAAAUAUGAACAAUGCAGAUUAUUUUGGUAAUCCCUUACUGUGGUUACCUCAUGAGCAAGAACACAUGAGACCACAUGAAAACUUAACCUAUCAUAAUUCUGCACAAGCAUAUCGAAACUUUGAUUUCUUAAAUGGAUCGUCACCAGGCAGUUACUAUGCAUCGACUCCACGUUUCUUCCCAGAACCUGCACACAGUUUACACAGUAUGCCAACGCUAGGUAAGGAUAGACCACUAAGUUGGGAAGACCGACUAGGGCAUGGUUUAAUGUUAGAUGUCAGUGGGAAUGGAUUUUCACCUUGGCAAGAUAUGCAUCAACAAAAAAUGGUUGACAGACAGCAGAAACAAAUUAUGCAGGAAUCAGUGGAAAAAGAACGGAACAUUAUGGGUAUGACAAAUAAUAGAUCGUCAAACUUUACUGACAACAGCUCAGUGAAAAGUGUAAAACAAAGCAAUAAAUAUUUGGAAAAUCACAAUUCAGGCCCAUCAACAAUUGCUAACGACUCUCGACUAAAGGUACCUAACAUUAUUCCACCAAGUGAAUCAUGCCUUAAUGUACCUGUUAUUUCAAACGAUUCUCGUCACAAUGUUCCUGGUAUGCCCAAUAGUUCAAGACUUAAUUUACUUGGAAUGCCAAAUGAACCUCAUCUAAAAAUACCGCCUAUCUCAAGUGAAUCCAGUUUUAAUAUUCCAUCACUAACAAGCGAGCCUAAACUUGAUAUACCAUCAAUUACUAAUGAGACGCAGCUAAAUGAUGCAUCAUUGUCUGAUGAUUCGCGUCAUAGUGUAACGUCAAGUUCUGGUGAUACUCGGCAUGGUAUAACUUCAAUAAUUGGUGAUUCUAGGCUUGAUGUACCAGUUGUUACCACUGAAUCUAGACUUAAUACACCACCAUUGAUGUCUAAAGAACCACCUCAAAAUCUACCACCAUUAUCUAGUCAGUCUCAGCAAAACAUACCACCAAUGAUCAGUGAGUCUCAACAAAACCUACAACAAAUAAUGCGUGGGUCUCGCCAAAACCUAUCUGAGAACCAAAGUAGACUUUUUGUUGAAAAACCUAUUAAGUACCCUCAUGCAGAUACAAACAUGUCUAUAGGAAAUGCUGGAAGAUCACAACCUGAGAGAAGCAUCCAACAGCUACCUUCAAGUACCGGUAUACGUGGUAGGCCUAUUAGUCCACCUAAACCUGAUUUACCUGCAAAUCUUGAUCUAUAUAAACGAGAUACAGUAAUAAACACAUUGGAAAGUAAUACGAGCAAUGCACCAUCUAUUUUUUCACCACCAGCGUUAAUUAAGUCAGUUCCUGCACCAACAAUCAAGUCUAGCAAGCCAUCAAGUGGGUUGCCAAGUCCAAUCAAGAUACAUCCAGCUAGACCAACUGGCGGUAAGCCUCCUUUACUAGAACGGUUCCGAGCUCCAGCAGUUCCAAGACCUGGUGGUGACAGUAGUAGUGAUGAUGGUAGUAGCGAUGGUGAUGAUGAGGAUGGUGAAUCUGGGAGCGACAGUGAUAGUGAUGAUGAUGGUAUCAGUGAAGAUGGGAACGAUGAUGAUGAUGACGACGGAGUAGAGGAGAAAGUAAAGAAACAACCUGGACAAUCUCAUAUUCAGCAGCUGCAGAAGCCACAGCAGUCACAGCAAUUGAAACAACCACAACAAGUUGGUCAGCAGGUAUAUUUUAUCAUGUUUUAUUUCUUAUUGUGCCAAUUUCCAGCUCACAAGGCUUAAAAACCCUUUCAUGUUAUGCCAUUCAUGAAAUACAGUCAUGGUGACUUGCAGAACAAUCAAAAUUGCUGAUUAGCCAAUUCAUAAAUAAUUGGUAACAGAUCACAAUGUGUAACCAGCGGAUUAAUCAGCCCAAGCAAAGUCAAAUCUGUUAUAAUUUCUAUAUCUGUUUGUCUGUCCAUGGAUCAAAGAAAAUCAACAAAAACAAGUGCCUGUAACCCCAAAUUGAUUUUCAGAUUAUUAAAAGUAUGCUACCAGUAGAACAGUUUUACUAAAAAUAUUUUGCAUUUGGUUGUGCUGUACAUAGGCUUGGGCAGUUUACCAGUUUUUCAUUAUUUUUUUAGUUUUAUUUUCAAACCUUUUUUCGGUUUAGCUUUUAUUAACAGCAGAGUAUCUUAGUUUGGAGGUACCGUAGGUGCCGUUGGUGGGCAAGGCUAGUCGGUGAUCUAGCCUUGCAAGGCAAAUGACCGCAAUGGCAAACAUCAGGCAAAACACUGGCAAACAUUUAUGGCAAAACUGGCAAACAGCUAUGGCAAAACAGCAAAAAACAUAAUAAUAAGGCUAACUAUAGUAGCAAUAGGAGUUUGCCAUGACAAUUCUGCCAAGGCAGUCCUCUGGCACCCAUCACACUGUUAAUCAGUGGAAAAAAGGACGCAUUCUAUAGUAGUCUAUAGAUUUAUCCCAUAACCGAAUACACACAUGACAAAAACCAAAUUAAAAAAUUAAAACAAAUAAAUCAAUAAAAAUAAGCUAAAAUAAAAAAAAUAAAGAAUUGAACCCGAGUGUCAACAGGCAUUAAUCAGGGCGGGGAACGGCCGAAGAGGAACAGAGCGAAAUAGCAGUUGUUGCUGGCUAGCCACGCUGUAGCAAAGUGACAGAUGCGCAAAAAUUGCCACUGUUCUAAGUGAUGUCAGGGACUCCCCGUUGCAAGGUCGCAGGCAUGAUUCAUCUGCCGUUAACUUCGCUUAAAUCUACGUUCAACCACAUAAAAAAACGGAAAACCGUCAUUACGUAAUUGUUUACUGUCAUCGCCCAAAACUCUAUCUUAAUUCUGAAAACAUGACACUAAUUAAACUCCAAAUUACAUGACACUAAAUAAAAGUCAGUAAGAACUAAAGAAGUAUAAGUUUUGAUUAUGUGUUCUUGACCCUUUUAUUUUAGAGCUGAAGGCGUUUUAGGUUACCUUUACAUUUUGUGUUUUGUUGUGUACUGUUUUUUGCUUAUAUCAAAAAAAUACCACAAUUCCUUCUCAUUUAGUUGAAGUAAGGGGAAAAAACCCUGUUUUAGUUUAGAAUCAGAUGGUUUUUCGGUUUUGAUUUUAAUUAAGCAAAACCGCCCAAGCCUAGUUUACACAAUCAGUUUCGAACAAACAAGCACGCUCUUCUUUAGUUGUGUACUUGUACAACCCAGAUUUUUUAAAGUUGCAUAUUUCCAUAGUCCUAGCGCCUCUGUGGAGCAUCUUGUUAUGCUGAAAUUUAAAUACAAACGCGCUCCUGCUGAAACAGCAGCUAACCGGCAUGACGUCACAAAUAAUGCUUGUUCCAGACUCCAAGCAGUUAGACAUUCUGACAGCCAUGUGCCAAAUAAAAUCACAAUAUCAGCAAGUCCUUGGAAGUGGCUCUAAAAUUUUUGCUUUUUAACCAAAAGCAAAAAUUUCUUCAUGAAACUAUUCGUAGCAUUGCAUACUUUUAAUAAGCUGAAAAUCAAUUUUGGGGUUACUGCACUUUAAGGUUCAGUCACACGAGACAACAAGUUGCAGGAACAAUUGUUACAUGGACAAAUUUCAUUGUAUGACAUGUGAAGACAGAUUUUUGUUCCUGCAACAGGUUGCACUAGAAGUUCAUCCAUGCAACAUGUCAUUGGGACAAAAUUAAAAUUGAUCAAUCGAAGAACAUUAUUCCCACAGGGACGUGUUGUAAGACUAAGUGUUGCUCUAUGCGACUAGUCCCUGUGACGUGCCUUGUUUGACCGAACUUGUAUAGAUUUUUAAAAGAUGUAACAUUUCAAACAAUUGGUGCAUACAGUAGCAAAUUAUGGGUUAGUAAUCAACCAAUUACCAACUUUUAGAGUAAAUUGGCUGGCAUUGGACAGAUGGGCAUAUUUGGGUACAUUGCAGCUUAAUGGGAUAAACAGCAUCAUGGGUGGCCAUUUAUAUACUGUAAUUGCCGUAAUGCAGACUUGCAGACCUGCCAAACCCGCCAGUUAUGCCACUGGUUUUGGCGUCCGUUUAAGGCUAUAUGCAAAUUUUUCAGAAUGUGGGUUGCUUGAUAUAUAAUUAAUCCAUUAAGCUGCAAUGCACUGAAAUACACCUUUAUGACUUUACUUUACUUUGUCUAACACCAGAUGAUUUUACUCUGUAAAACACCAGACAAAUUUUUUCAUCAAGCAGAGUCUUCCAUACUGAUGGGUUACAGUAAGUAGCACUCAUGAUAAAAAUCCAGGCUCACAGAUUGAAAGCUUUGCAAUAAUAACUAUGCAUGGCAUAUAUCUGUAAGUCUUUGCAUGGAGAAAUCUAAUAUUUGUUUUGGUUUGUGAUUCCAAAACCAGCACACAAUCUUGAACUAGCAUCUGCUUGCCUUACCUUACCCUGCAAUAUACAUAAACAUUCAGUGAAAAUAUUUGCAAAGUUGACUAAUUGUGAUUGGUAUGUGACAGAAAAUGUAUGAAAACAGUAAAAAAUGUCCAAGCUUACUGUAGAAUAUACUGUACAGUACAUACUGUGUAUUUGUUUUGUAGAAAGCAGAAGAAAGUAGUGAUAGUGAAAUGGAGAGUGGUAGUGAAGAAAGUGAUGGGAGUGAUGAUGAUGAUGAGGAUGAGGAUGAUCAAGAUGGAGAUGCUGAAAGCAAUGAUGGAAAUCAAGAUAGUGAUAAUUCUCAAGAACAAACAUCUCCUGGGAAAAGAAAGUCUACUGCUGAUUCUGGCAAGUCCAACUUUUGUAUAGUAGAGUUCCUUGAUUAGUUCCACCCCAAACCCUACUUUUUCAGUGUUCUCGUUUCGGCAAAAACUGAUAAAAAAACUUAAUUGAACAUCCAUCCCUAUUCUAUACUAAAAUGUAUUUCAGCAUUAAAGAAGCUGUACUCCAAAAAUUGACCUCCCCUUGACAUUGACAGAUUUUCAUAUUUUGCUUGGGGGGAUAGCAAAGAUUUAGGGGGGAGGUGAGCGACAGGGUCUGGGGCCCAGGAAAAUUUUAGAUUUUUUGUCUUACUUAGUUCAAAGUCCUUAUUUCAAUCACAUUACUGUCAUUUAAUCCAAUGAGCAUUUAAAUUUCUAGGGUGUGUGUGCAAAUUUCUCUAAGGGGGGUGGGAAAACAUUCUGGGGGGGGGGGUGCAAAAUAUUUUGGGGUAUGCACCCCAGAAAAUCUGCCUAUGCCCCUUGAUGAGGUAGUACACAGUGGUUAAUAUUCCUUUCUAACUGUAGGUCCGCCACGUAAAAGAAGAAUAGUUGUUGUUGAUGAAGAACUGAUGAAGAUUCCCCUAGAGAAAGGGUAAUAAUAGUUGUUUGUUUAGAGGUGUUGAGGCUUGAGAAAAAUUCCUGUGUGUCUCACACAGGGCAUGUCCUGUAAGAACGUUAUUGGUUAUACUUGUUAUACAGCAACAUGAUAUGAUGCAAUUAAAGACGAGUAAUCCUUGUCAUUUAUAAACCCAGAGUGGGGGGAAUUCUGUGAAACAUUGCCCAACACUUCGAAUAAUAUUUUCCAGAAUGCCCCAAGUGGAGGGUCUAUAUAUAUUGAUAUAUUAUCCUAUAAGUUAAAGAACCUGCUAAAUUGAGAAUAAAUGUUCUAAAUAACUAAGUGAAUACAAUGUUUAAUUUUUAUUUGUACCCAAGUUUUUGACGUUUGAGGGUGUUUAUUGCUGUUUGUACAGGUGGAGACGUCAAACAAAGUUGCGACCAGCAGUUAGCAGUGGUGGUUUACGAGGAGAUGUUUAUUAUUUUGCUCCAUGUGGCAAGAAAAUACGAACAUAUCCUGAUGUGAAGAAGGUAAGCCUUGCAAGGAUUCUAGUCAAAGUAAGGGCAGAAAUAUUUAAUAUUUUCUAACAGGAAUUGAUUAAAAAAAAUGUAAUUUGGCUAACAAGAAUGUCACAAAGAAAUAAUGCAUCAAAAAGCUAAUUUAAUAAGUUAGAAGGUUACAUAUAGGUACAAAAACUAAAAGUAAUAUAUUUUGAGUACUUUGUUGUCAUUUGUUUGACAAUGGAUAGCAUUUGCUUAUUACAGUAAAUGCGUCUACUGAUUUGGCAUUGAACAUAUUUAGUUGACAGAGUUACAGUAUAUAAAUUAGAUCGUUUUUGUUCAUGGAAUUGGCCUACACUGUGUUUUAGUUCUGUUGAUAUUUUGAUUGAUUGAAUUGUUUUUCACUGUAGUAUAUUGAGAAGAAUGGAAUCACAGACCUGGACUUGGGACAUUUUAGCUUUAGCAUGAAACUUCAUCUUGGCGAGUUUUUGGAAUGUACUCAGGUAUCUU